AUGAAAUUUACAAAGAUGAUUGAAAGUGGAUGGAUAGUUGCACCUGGUGCUACUAGUGUUGUGGUGGCCACAGAUGACGUGUAUCGUCAUUCAAUCAUAGUCCUCAUUAUGAAAUGGAUUAGUACUAGUACAAUCUUCAUCAUCAGUAGUUUAGUGAUGAUGAUGAUCAUGCUACAAAUUCAUACAACUACAGCUACAGCUACAGCUUUAACACUCUAUGUCAAUGUUAAUAGUACCAAUACAAAUGCUACUUGUGGUGCUACGAUAGCUUUGGCUUGUCGUGAUAUUCAAAGUGCAUUUGAUUACUUUUAUGCUACUACUAGCAACAAUAGUACUUUGUUGACGAUUGAAAUGGAGGGUGGUGUAUACCAAGCUGAAAGAAAUGCAAACUUUGCAAUAUUCAAUCAAUCGUUGACCAUCCAAUCAUCGUCUCUUGACAACAAUCAAGUCAUCAUUGACUUUGGUAACGUCGUACAGGUACCAUUCUACUUUAUUCAAGUUGUAGUCCCACCAAACGCUGUCAACACAUACAACCAGACCAACGUCACAUUGACUGGCAUCGUAUUCCGAAACCUUCAAGUUUCAAUCAAUCAACCGGGUGGAAUAUUCUACACACCUGAUGCAUCGGCCAAUGUCGCAUUAACUGUCAAUUACUGUGAAUUCACCAAGUUGACCUCUUCAAAGGGUGUCAUUUGGGUGCAGUCUGCCACACCAAACUCACAACUCGUCAUUUUCGGGUGUACGUUUAACUCGGUCCAAGCCAAUAGUACUAUUGUUUAUGCUCCCAAGAUGAGUAUUCAAGUCAAUCAAACUACAUUUCAAGGAUGUACAAGUCGAUUUGUUAUCUACCAAAAGGGAGGUGUUGGUGUUUACGACACUAACCGAUUCUCUGACAAUGUAGUAACGACCACCGAAACACGGUCAACUGGAGGUAUCUUGAUGCUAUACAACAAUGACAUGGAAUUGUUUAAUACAAUGGUCAAUUGUGUAUUCACCAAUAAUACAGUGGCCAGUGGUGCAUUGAUACUCGGUCUCCAAAGCAUGACCAUUCAAACGACCUCUUUUACCGGUAAUUACAAUAGUACUGCGCUGAUGUGUGUCUACUCGAUCGUUAGAAUCUACAAUAGUAAAUUCAUCAACAAUGCAGGUUACUAUGGUCAAGUCUAUGCCUCUCAAGACUGCACUAUUCGUAUCUACCAGUCUGACAUGAUUGGCAAUUCAGCGGACUCGAUUGGUGGUGCCAUCACGCUGUUUGACUCGUACCUAUACCUCAAUGGUGUAACUGUAAAGGGUAACAGUGCCACUGGUAACGGUGCCGGUAUAUAUAAUAGUAAUUCACAGUCUGAUAUACAGUAUUCAACAUUUCAAAACAACUAUUCAGGUGCCAAUGGUGGUGCAAUCUAUUCCAACGAAUCAACCAUCUCUGUCAACAACUCUACAUUUACUAGCAACCAAGCAGCUGAAUAUGGAGGUAUUAUAGAAUGUAUUGGUUACUCUAUCAUCAAUAUUGACAACAACACAUUUUCAAACAACGUUGAUCUUGCAUCAGACAAGACAUCUUUACCUGUCCAUUGCGAAUCUGAUUGCAGUUCUUUCGGAAAUGAUAGUUCACCAGAUCAACAAUGUGACAAUAAUACAUCUAACAAUCCAACAACAAAUGGUUUAACAAAUGGUGAGAAAAGUGCAAUUAUUAUAGUUCCAAUUGCUAUAGUUGCCAUUAUCAUCAUUAUUGCAGUUAUUAUUAAAAAAGGAUUACUCAAAAGAAAUAAUUAUAAUUAUGAUUAUUCCAGUAUUAAAUAA